UAUCACGUCAUACUUGUUACCGUACCAACACCGGCAUAUGUACAAGAAGCAAGAUCUCUGUUAUUGUCAGGUCACCAGCAUUACAUUCUCCAUCAAUGCCGAGAAGAAAGGCGACUAAAGCCAAGACGACCCGCGGUCGUAGGCAAGGGCGUCCCAGGGAGGCAAAGGGCAAUGCUAGAGCAAGUAACUACUGUAGAAAGGCGAGAUCAAGUGGCAAGAAUGCAGGCACCAAAAGAACGACCAGACGGAGGCGAUCCAGAUCUAGUACUAGAUCUAGGUCUAGAUCGGAGACUCCAAACCUAUUUCCAACUACUGCUCCCGACAAUAUGCAAGGCGUCAAGUUCAACACUUAUAUUAAAAAGGUCUUAAAGAAAGUGCGUCCAAACAUGGGAAUGACUAAGCAAACAAUGGCACUCAUGGACAUUUUUAUGAAGGACACACUCGACGCCAUUGGGAAAGCAGCCAAGACCAAGAUGGGCAAAAGAAAAGUUCUGAAGCCCUUGAUUAUCAAAAGAGCCCUUAAAACCUUGAUGCCCAGAGCGCUUUGGGCUUCAGCAGAUGAGCAUGGAAUGAAGGCCGUUGAACUCUUCAAUGCAGCCAAGGCCAAGGCCAAGAAAAAGAGACGACGGUAACCAAAGUCCUGGGAUGUCCUUAACCUUCGUCUAGCUUGUACGUGUGGUCGUCUAGCCUUUAGAUGUUUCAUUAUUUGAUACACAUCAUAUGGAUAUAUAUAUUUAAUGUUUUGAUAAAUGUCUAUAAUCUAAUUAGCUUGCCAACAGUUCAAUUAAUAACAUCAGACUUUGACUAGAAAAAAUCAUUAGCAUAAACACGAUGUGAACUUUGACCCAUGUUUAGAUAUAUUUGUUUGAUGUGACGUUGACAAACAGAAAGAAAAAGUGCAGGAGCGAAAAGAAACAAAUUUGAUGACGUCAUUGUCAAAUCAAUUGUUGAUUGGUUGGGGCAUAGAAGCGCAGAAGACUGGCUUGACGUGCGAUUGUUUGACUUAGAACGCUGCUGUAUGACGUUAUGGUGUCCGAGGUUUCGCGUGAUUGUGACAGCAGCUGACUUAACCAAAUAUUAGCCUUUGUCUGCUAAGCACGAUCACGCACACACACAUUUGUACGAUCACAUGCUCUCACACCCACCAGACGAUGAUCCACAAUGGUUCUGGUUUAUGCAGAGGUCAAAGUGGAUGUGUCAAUGUUGAACGCUCUUUAUCAUUCGCUAGUGUGUAAGUGAUUUAUUCGAAAAAGUGAUGUGUCGGUGUUAAAUUGGCUAACCACAGCUUGUAAAUAAUGAUCUUCUUUUCUAAAAGAAACAAAAAUAUAUUUACUAUCUAAAUAAAGUCAACAUCCAAAGACUUUCAAA